AUGGCUAUAAUCUCGCCUUCAAUGGAGAUCCUAUUUAUUGACAUUGUAAAAGGAUUGAAUUCUAGAGUAUUUGAGAAUAAGAGCGUAAGUGACCUUGCUUCAGAACACAUUAGCAAACUUAUUGUUAAUACUUCCAGAUAAGCUGGCAGCGAUGGUAGACAUAUUUCUUCCUCAUGGUUUCCCUGGAUGAGUGAUGAUAUGAUGAAAUACCUCAGAAUUGGAUUAACUACUUUGCUCUUAUCAUUUACUGGUCAAGCUUUAUUUAAGGCAGGUCUUGAGAAAUUUCCAUGGUAUAUGUCAUAUUGGGCAGCUUUUGGAGCUAUAGGAGUAGAAAUUUUACUACUAGUAUCCCAUUUCAGAGUCUAGAGUGAUAUCUAUGACAAUAUGGUGAAAGCAGUUUUUGAGAUAGCCUAUCCAUACACAAUGCUUACCACGAUACUUUAUUGGGGAGUAUAUUAUGAAAAAGGCUGGCUAGUAUGGAGUGAUUUUCAAACAUGGUUUGACUCAUUAUUCAUUCACGUUCUACCAGUUAUCCUUCUGACCGUCGAUUGGUUGUUUAAUAAUGUUAUCUUUGAUUAUUAAAGAGGAUCAUUAAGAAUACUUUGGUUAACCUUAUCCUACAUUUCAUUGAACUAUUUGGCUUAGGACAUUACUGGUUAUGAUCCUUAUCCAUUUGUAACAUGGGAUGAUUGGUCUACAUUAGGUUGGAUCUCACUUGUUGCUGGUACAAAUGAAGUCUUAUUAAUGGGCACAGCUUUUCUUACCAAUUACAUGAAGACUGGCUCUGGAGUAUCACCAACUCAAAACUUGAUCAAGGUUUUUCCAGUUGAAUUAUCGUUUCUGACCAAACUUGCUGGUAUUUGA